UCCACGAGUCUUCAGUUCGAGUUCAAUCAUGAUCGUGAAUACUUCCAUAACUGAUUCCGUGCUAAGUUUGAGCAAUGUUUUAAUUCAAUCUUCAUCGACUUGCUAAUGAACGCCCAAAGCAAAAGAAAAGAAGGAAAAGCCAAGCCAUAAGUCGACCGAUUAUCAUAUUUAUUAAGAGAAUUUCGUACUGCGUUUAAGAAGCGCCAACUAUUUUUCUGAGAAAAAAGUCUAUAAGAAGUGUUCAGAAGAUAUCAAGAAUAAUUCAGAAGACGACGGAGUGACAAGGAAUUAACAAGGCAAUAUUAUAUCGUGAACUUCAAAUGAAGGUUUAUCAUUGAAGACUAAAUUCAAGAAAUAUCCGAAUCGGAUUUCAAAUUUUCUGAGAUUAAAAGGACUUAUUGGAUUGUUCGUUUAAUAAUAUGAUAACAUUUUUAAGCUUGAACUGUUGAAGAAAUAAUGCGAAACUUUAUUCAAUUUUUCCUAGUUAUCGUUAUGAUUGUGGAACACACUUUGCCUUUCGAAUUACUUAAAUCAAUCUUUUGCCCACCGAUACCUAGACUUGUUAGGAUUAGGAAUGUGUCGGCGACUCCCAAGACUCUUAAAAAUAGCCAGCUACUCGUAGUGUUAGAUUUCGUAGGUCUCGUCCAAAGGCAUGGAUAUUCCGCAGAAGAGCACAAUGUUACUACAGAGGAUGGCUAUAACCUCCUCAUCCACAGGAUUCCUGAUAGCCCAGCUAAAGUAGAAAUUAAGAAGAAACCUGUAGUUUUUCUUCAACAUGGUGUGAUGGCGUCUUCGGAUUCGUGGGUUCUCUUCGGCCCCAGAAGAGAUCUCGCGUUCUUACUGGCUGAUGCUGGAUACGAUGUAUGGGUCGGAAACAUACGAGGCAACACUUACACAAGAUCACAUAUAGAGCUCUCUGCCUCGGAACCGGAAUUCUGGAAAUUCAGGUUUGUCAUGCCGCUAUAAAGAGUAUAGGGAGUACUGACAGCUACCACGAAAUGUCACAAUAUGAUAUUCCAGCGAUGAUUGAUUAUAUCUUGAAAGAAACUGAAGUAAAAUCGUUGGUUUACAUCGGACAUUCUAUGGGUACCACUAUUAUUUAUGCUCUUCUUUCAACAAAGCCCGAAUAUAACGAUAAAAUAAAACUGAUCGUCAGCCUAGCACCGAUUGUAUACUGGAAACAGCCAUUUACGAAUUUAAUUAAAAUCAUUGUAGAUAAUACUGCAGAAUUUGAAAAUAUUUUUAAAAAGAACGGGAUCUGGGAAAUCUUGCCGCAGAGUACGAGCGUUGCUAAGCUUGUAAAAACAUUUUGUGAAGACAAAGCUAUUACUCAGCCUGCUUGUAUUUCUUUAAUAUUCUUAUUAUCAGGAUCUGAUAUUGCUCAAUUAAAUACUUCUCUCAUUCCUUACGUGGGUUCGUUCUUUCCGGCAGGAGUAUCCUUGUUUACAUUAUCCCAUUAUUAUCAGAAUAUCGUAACAGGUAAAUUUCAACAAUAUGAUUUUGGAUAUGUGGAAAAUUUUGCACGUUACGCACAGAAAAGUUCACCUGAAUACGAUAUGAAGCGAAUCACUGCCCCGUCUAUACUGAUGUAUGGACAAAACGAUGCCAUAUCACUUAAGAAGAACAUUAUGGAACUAGAAAAUCGAUUAUCAAAUGUUAUCGUUAGUGAUGAACUUUCAUAUCGAUGGUUCACCCAUUUGGACUUCUUGUGGGGUUCCGACAGUAAAAUGUUUCUCUACGACAAAAUAAUCGAAUUGCUAGAGAAAUACGGUGGAAAAAACUGAUACAUUAAGAUUGUUUAUAAGUCGUAUGUACCUUAGAAAGACAUGAGCUAUAUUUUAUCAUUUUACUUUAUAAUGUAAUGCUAAUUUUGUUAGUUAAUCUCGACCGUGAUACAGCAUUCAUAAAUUUGAUCAAUUUAGCUUCAUCUGAAAAAGACCCGUGACUGUAUUUUUUGUAUUAUUUUUGUUUAAGUGAACUAGGCAGUCUAAAAAUAAACUUCUUAAUUUCAUUUUUGAAAAGUAGUAUCUCUUCUGAGUUUAAUGCAGUCGAACUAUUAAAAGAUUUCAAAGGUUACGGUCUUAGCAGUCUAGAAGGUAUAAAAACUCCAGAUGCAGUUAUAAUUUUUCAUAUACCAUAACAUUAAAUAUAUUAUACAAUACAUUAAAAUAUGAUCUAUAGUAAAAAUUAAUGUGUUGUUAUCAUACUUUAAGUGCCUUUUUAAAAAAUUUCGAAUAUAUUGAUAAUUUUUUUAGAUACAGACUUUUUUAUGUCGCGCUGUAUUAUGUCGCAUUCAGUGCGUUAUCGGGCCAAUUGGACAGAAUGCAUUUGAUGCGCUAAGCGCGUCACCUGUAUUUGAGGGGUUAAUAAAACGGAACAGCUAUUUAUCUCCUAUUGUCUUCUAAUGCUUUUUGUUGUAUGUAUACAUUGUCAUGAUACCGCGAGAAAUAAUAAAUAAAAUACUAAAUUAUUGGG